AUGUUCUCCCUCAACUCCGCUCUGCGGAUUCUCUCCCUUGCUUCAAUCGCGCAAGCAGCUGUCUUCGAAUCCAUCUACCAAGCUCCCCGCGGCUGGACUUUUGUACGUCCUGCUGAAGGGGCUGAGAUUCUCAAGCUUCGUCUGUCUCUCAAACAGCAGAAUGUAGAAUCUCUGUACGAUAAGCUUAUGGAGGUCUCGACUCCUGAUCAUGAGCAGUACGGAAUGCAUUACGAGGGCCAUGAACUCCGUUCUCUUUUGGAACCAACAAAGGAGACGAGCUCUGCAGCCAUUGCUUGGCUUCAGGAGAACAACAUCACCUCGAUUACGGAUGAUAGUGAUUACAUCCUCUUUCAAACUGAUGUCAAAACCGCCAACACGCUCCUCGACACCAAAUUCGGAUGGUACCGUAGUGAAGAGAACCAGGAGAUCCUCCGAACUCUUAAAUACUCGGUGCCAGAGAAUAUCAAGAAUCAUAUCAAUUUCGUCCAGCCCACGACCAGAUUUGGGAGUUUGAAGCCGCUUUCUUCCUACGCUCAGCUCUUGGACGCUGGACACGCAUCAAAUGGGGCAUCUAAAUGGUCCGGAGGAGGCGCUCCUCAAGUCAAUACCACCUGCAAUCUUACUAUCACUCCCGAGUGCUUACUGGAUCUGUACAAUGUCCAUUAUAAGGCAGACGCAACUAAUGGAAACACUGUUGGUUAUGCUUCCUUCUUGGAAGAAUAUGCCAGGUACGCCGAUUUAGCUGAAUUCGAGGUGGUCUACGCUCCAUAUGCCGUUGGGACCAACUUUACGGUCAUACAAUACAAGAAUGGUGGCAACAAUCAAACCUCAUCUGACGACUCUGGCGAAGCUAACCUCGACAACCAAUAUAUCCUUGGAACAAGCUACCCCACCCCAGUAAAGGAAUACAGCGUCGGUGGACGAGGUCUUUUGAUCGUAGACGGCGACUCGCCAACCCCAGCAGACAACUCCAACGAGCCGUACCUCGACUUCCUGCUCGCAAUCACCAAGCUCGACAACAAAGACAUCCCUAACAGCAUCUCCAUCUCCUACGGCGAAAAUGAGCAAGAAAUCCCCGUCGCAUACGCCACGCAAGUCUGCCAGCUCUUCGCGCAGCUCGGCGCACGCGGGAAAUCCAUCCUCUUCUCAUCCGGCGAUUCCGGCACUGGCGAUUUCUGCCUGUCCAACGACGGCAAGAACACCACGAAAUUCCAACCCCAAUUCCCCGCCUCCUGCCCCUACGUGACAGCCGUUGGCGGCACCCGUUACAUCGAGCCCGAAGUAGCAACCUUCUUCUCCUCGGGCGGCUUCUCCAACAUCUGGCCCCGCCCCGCCUACCAAGACCAGGCCGUGUCGGGCUACCUAGCUAAAAUCGGGGAUCAGAAUAAAGGGUACUUCAACACCACCGGCCGCGGCUUCCCAGACGUCGCAGCGCAGUCCCAGAACUUCCGCGUUAUCGAUCAGGGUAUCGACCAGGGGUACCGCGGCACGUCGUGUGCAGCGCCGACCUUCAACGGCAUCAUCGCACUCUUGAACUCAGCGCGCGUUUCGGCCAACCUGCCGACGCUCGGCUUCCUCAACCCGUGGCUGUAUGCCGUGGGCCACAGCGCGCUGAACGACGUCACGCUCGGUGCGGGCACGGGGUGUAAUGGGUUCGGGCGGUUUGAUCUUCUAGCGAAUGGCAGUCCGGUUAUUCCUGGGGCGGCGUGGAAUGCGACGGUAGGGUGGGAUGCGGUUACGGGGUUGGGGACGCCGGAUUUCGGGAAGUUGUUGCAGGCUAGUACGCCGUGGGUGCGGAAUGAGGGGGGGGGUUCUUGA